AUGACUGCUGAUGUGGAAACUCGCCCUAUCAUGCCGCGACUCGCCAGGGCAGGUCAAAUGCGCUGGUUGAUGAAGAUCAGGAUGCUUCAACAGCAGCGCGACCAGCUCCUCGAGUCCCACAACAUGCGCGACACACUGGACGACCAGCUCUCCCAAUGCAUCCAAAAGCGAUGCAAGAACCAGAAGAAGGCUCUCCUCAUGUACCUCCACAUCGCCGCUGUCACGGGCGUCGUGCAGCCCCUCCCCUUCAGGGAGCCCAGCGGCGCAGACACGUUCUUCGGGUGGAUGGGCUUCAAGGUCAACGAGGACAUGACGGAGGAGUUUGCUCGAGGCAUCGAAGAGCUGUUUCAGGCAGACGACGCUCCUGCCCGUGUCAAAUUUGCGAUCAACACUAUGCACAACAUGUUCCGACGCGCUCAGCUGAUACCGGAGGAAGAAGGCGGCUGGAGGGAGGCUUUCUUGGGGAGGAUGCACUUUAUCUUCACAGCGUAA